GCCGCCUCGCCUCUACGCGCCGGCGUGCGCGCCGCCGCUGCCUCUCUCCCUCCCUCCCUCUCUCCUCUCUCUAUCUCUCUCCUUCCCGUGGUAGCAGGAGCAGCGCGGGCGGCGGGGCUGGAGCGUGGCUGAGGCGGCCAUUCCUACCGAGCGAGAGAGAGCGCAGCGUGUCCCCCCCCCCGGGCUCAGUCGCGCACAGGAGAUGCCCUCGGCUACCAACAGCACCAUGGCGAGCAGCACCACCAGCAGCAGCACCGGCAAAGCGGGACCGGGCAGCGAGGCUGCACCGGCGGCGGCGGCGGGUGUGAACAUCACCACGGUGCAGACCGAGGCCAUGAAGCAGAUCUUGGGGGUCAUCGACAAGAAGCUGCGCAACCUGGAGAAGAAGAAGAGCAAACUUGAUGAUUACCAGGAACGAAUGAACAAGGGGGAACGUCUGAAUCAAGAUCAACUGGAUGCAGUGUCAAAGUACCAGGAAGUGACAAAUAAUCUGGAAUUUGCUAAGGAACUGCAGAGGAGUUUUAUGGCUCUGAGCCAAGAUAUCCAGAAAACAAUAAAGAAGACAGCUCGAAGGGAGCAGCUGAUGCGAGAGGAGGCUGAGCAGAAGCGUUUAAAGACGGUGCUGGAGCUGCAGUUCAUUCUGGAGAAGCUGGGGGAUGAUGAAGUGCGCAGCGACCUCAAACAAGGAUCCAACGGGGUGCCAGUGCUGACAGAGGAGGAGCUGACAAUGCUGGAUGAAUUUUAUAAGCUGGUUUACCCUGAACGAGACAUGAACAUGAGGUUGAAUGAGCAGUAUGAGCAAGCAUCUGUUCACCUGUGGGACUUACUGGAAGGGAAGGAAAAACCAGUUUGUGGAACAACCUAUAAAGCACUGAAGGAGAUUGUUGAACGCAUUCUUCAGACCAGUUACUUUGACAGCACCCACAACCACCAGAAUGGGCUGUGUGAGGAAGAGGAGGCAGCACCUGCACCUGCAGUAGAAGACACUGCAGCAGAGGCUGAACCCGAUCCAGCAGAAGAAUUUACUGAGCCAACUGAAGUUGAAUCAACUGAGUAUGUAAACAGACAAUUCAUGGCAGAGACUCAGUUCAGCAGUAGUGAGAAGGAACAGGUAGAUGAGUGGACAGUUGAAACGGUUGAGGUUGUAAAUUCCCUGCAGCAACAGACACAGGCGACAUCUCCUCCUGUCCCGGAAUCUCACGCACUCACUGCUGUGGCUCAGGCAGACCCCCUGGUCAGGAGACAGCGAGUACAGGACCUCAUGGCACAGAUGCAGGGCCCCUACAACUUCAUGCAGGACUCAAUGCUAGAAUUUGAGAACCAAACGCUUGAUCCUGCCAUUGUAUCUGCACAGCCCAUGAACCCAGCCCAGAGUUUGGACAUGCCCCAAAUGGUUUGCCCUCCAGUUCAUACUGAGUCAAGACUUGCCCAGCCUACCCAAGUUCCUGUGCAACCAGAAGCUACACAGGUUCCCUUGGUUUCUUCUACAAGUGAGGGAUAUACAGCUUCCCAACCCAUGUAUCAGCCUUCUCACACAGCAGAGCAACGGCCACAGAAAGAAUCAAUUGACCAGAUUCAGGCUUCCAUGUCCCUGAAUGCAGACCAGACACCAUCCUCAUCAUCACUUCCCACUGCAUCCCAGCCACAGGUGUUCCAGGCUGGUUCCAGCAAGCCUUUGCAUAGCAGUGGAAUCAACGUCAAUGCAGCUCCAUUCCAAUCCAUGCAAACAGUAUUCAACAUGAAUGCGCCUGUUCCUCCUGUGAAUGAGCCAGAAACCCUUAAGCAGCAAAACCAGUACCAGGCCAGUUACAACCAGAGUUUCUCCAAUCAACCUCACCAAGUAGAACAAUCAGAUCUCCAGCAAGAACAACUCCAGACAGUGGUUGGUACCUACCACGGUUCCCCGGACCAGAGUCACCAAGUGGCAGGAAACCACCAGCAGCCUCCCCAGCAGAGCACUGGAUUUCCCAGGAACAGCCAGCCUUACUACAACAGCCGGGGCGUGUCCCGGGGGGGAUCCCGUGGGGCCCGGGGCCUCAUGAAUGGUUACAGGGGCCCAGCAAAUGGAUUCAGAGGGGGAUACGAUGGCUACCGUCCUUCCUUUUCCAACACUCCAAACAGUGGCUACACACAACCCCAGUUCAAUGCUCCUCGGGAUUACUCAAACUACCAGAGGGAUGGAUAUCAACAAAAUUUCAAACGUGGCUCUGGACAAAGUGGACCUCGGGGAGCUCCUAGAGGUCGUGGAGGGCCCCCCAGACCAAACAGAGGGAUGCCUCAGAUGAACGCUCAGCAAGUGAAUUAAACACGUUCACAGGAUUCCCUUCAACGCCAAAAACACGCUGGCCAGUGUACAAUACAUGUUACCAGAAGAGUUAUUAUCUAUUCGUUCUCCCUUACAGGAAGUUUGUUGUAAAGGGACUAUUUUCAUUACCCAUAAUGACAGGACUACAGUUGCCAGCUUUAUAUUCCCUGGAUAUUGAAAGGAACGAAACAACGUUUACUCUGCAUGUUCUGUCCUAAGCAUCAUCUUGAGCCUUGCACAUGAGAUUCAGAUUCCUCACCCUUGCUAAGAAUAAAGCAAAAAAGGCAAUUUUCAGGGUGAUCCAAUCUCCAUGGUUAACUGAAGUGGCAGGAAAAAGCAAAGACUCACUUCUGUCAUUUAAAAGUGAUUUAACAAAAUUCAGAUAAAAUCUGCAAAUUCAUAAAAAUUUUCUGUGGUGGCAAUUAAAAAAAACUUCAAUGUUCCCAUGAAAGGAUGGAAAAGGUGAAGUGUGGCUUGAUAGAACAACUGCAUUUCAGCUUUUUCUUACUAAAUCGAAGCACUGAACAGUUCAAGAUGUGUAGUGAUGCAAUUGCCCUAAAUAGACAGGUGGGCUUAGAGGCAGUUUGUGACAAAGAGGCACCCUUAGCUGCAGCACUCCUCAUCACCAGGGCCCUGAUUCCUGUGGCUAUGGAGUUAAGAGCGCUUGCAUAACUGCUAAUGUAACUGUGUAAUUAAUUUUUUUUUUUUUUUAGGAGACAAGGUGAAAAACACACACACACAAAAAAAAAAGGCUUUGAUUUGGCACUUGGACAAAAUUUUGCAGCAAAUCCUGAGCUAUAAUCUGGAUGGCCACUGUAUAUUUGAUGUGAAGUAUUUAGAUAUCACUUUGAAACACUUUUAAGUUUCUUUGAUAGCAAUGACUUUUGUAAGGAUUGGUAUUCUCUAUCAUUCCUUAUGACUUGCACAUUGUCUGUCACUAAUACUUGACCUUGCUGUAUUAUCACCUAAAUAACUGAUGCCGGUACUGAUGGAAAUCCCUAAUGGAUAAUCAUAACACUUUUGGUCACAUGUCCUUUUGUCUUUCCUGCAGCCUUGAAGGUUUUAAGAAAUCUCAAAUGCCCGCUGCUGCUGCCCUUCCAAUUGCUGUCUUUUGAAAAGCACCAGUCUGUGUUUGAGUUGAUUUCCCCUUUUCAGGGAAAUGACAGCCAGCAGUUACAGUUCUAAUGGUAUAAGCAAGAUAAAUAAAACAUGUUUAUAAAAAUUGUA